UGCAGUGGUUGCAGUGAAGCUGCAGCAGCCUUCAUCAUCAUCAUCACUACUCCGAACUCACCAUCAUCACACACGAAGAAGAAUGCUCAUUAUCAUCACCAUGAACGAUAACUGCUAUUGAUCAUCUUUUAUUUUUUUAAUACGUCGCCAGAUUGUGGCCUUUUGUUCUUCUGCUGGCAAAAAACAAACAAUGAAAACGCUGCAGCGUCCUUUUUGUUAGACCAGCAGCGGACUUUUUUGUAUCUGCGUUGCCCAGCCCCUCCAGCAGCAUGGACGAAUCGCAGCUUCCGGGAGGCCCGGAUGACAAAGGCCACGCGGCAGUACCACAAGACUUGACCACGGACCACCUGGCAGUGGGCGGUGAGACCGGUAACGGUCCCGCCCCGUCCAGCCCGUCCAAAGGGGGUCACGCCAACGGGCGGCCUCGUUCGCGUUCCAACUCUCCAAGGCCUUCACUCAACUCCCCGCGACCGUCAAUCGGCCGCCGCCCCAGUGCCGUCGUAGAGGGUACGGAGGGCCCCACCGGUGAGUCGAAACCUCGAGACUUCCUGAUGUUGGCCAUCCUGUCCUGCUUCUGCCCACUGUGGCCCAUCAACAUCGUGGCCCUCACCUUCUCCGUCAUGUCUCGUAACAGCCUGCAGCAGGGGAACGUGGACGGGGCCCGCCGCUUGGGCCGCAAUGCCAUGGUGCUGUCGGUGGUAGCCAUCUUGGGAGGCAUCGCCGUCAUCGCCGCCGCCAUCACACUCAACCGCGAACUGAUUUUAAAAUCAGGAUAAGACGCCACUUCCUGUUCCUGCACGACCAGCAUGUGCCCGACAUUCUACCGUCGACGCGGAGACCGACGGGGAAACGUCUUCUGCAUGACGAAAAAAGACGCCCAGUGAGCGUUUUUCGCAUUUUGAAUGUUUACAAACUGAAGCCCGUUGGUGGCGUGACGUGUGCCGAAGUCACGCCGAGGUCUCGGACCGAUCUCUUGUAACUCUGCAUGUUUAUAAUCUUUGACCGCUGAAUGCCACGUGGCCUCAUUUUACGCCUCGUAAAGAGUUCUUUUCAUCAUCGAUUGAUUCAGAUUUUGACUGAACAGUGAAAAAAUAAUUUCAUAAAAUAGAAAUAUAAAUGUAAUCCAAUACAUAAAAUGUGCUGAUAAGUAAAAUACAUUAAUUAUUUGAGAAAAAUAGAAGCAGUGCAAAAAAAAAAAAAGUGAAUUGAAAAAAAUGUUUAUUUUCCACAGUAAAAGCAGAAUUUUUGCCAAUAUCGUAGUUUGAAAGACAAUUCGUCUCAUUUUCCUGUCGACAGGUUCAGUUUAUGAUGAUUGGUUCAUUUAAAAAACAUGUUUAAAAGAAAUCGAAUUAAGUUUAAAUGUGAUUUAUUUCUAACAUUAAUUUACAAAAAUAAUGAAACAUUUUACAAUGAAAUUAAAAUAAAUCCAAAUUGUUUUUUAAAAUUAAAACAAACUUUUUGUCACUAAGUAACCUCAAACUGAAUAAAUGAACAGUAAUAUCAUUUUUAAAUCAUGAGAUAAAAAGUCAAAAUACAAUAAAAGAAUGUGAUUUUGUCGGAAAAAAAUCCAAAUGCAAUAAGCAAAAACCAUCAACUUCAUAAUGUAUUGACGGUAUCAUGGGGAGCUGGGCCGAUAAAUAGGGGGCCUGCAUUGUUGGCGAGGCCGUCAAAGCUGGCCAAAAAAACCCGUGCAGUUAGCAUUUAUUUUACGUAAAUAUGUCGAAGUACAAUGCUAGUCUGUUAGUGAAUGUAGCUAGCAGCUGCCUUAUGUAAACAGAGCUUUUUCAGUGAAAAUUCUUGUGAAUAAAUGCUUAAAUCCCCGAAUUCUUUACAGAUAUGGACGUAAAACAGUCUCGAUUCUUAGUUAAAAGUAAAAAAAAAAAAAACGUGCAGUUAGUAUUUAUUUUACGUAAACAUGUCGAAGUACAAUGCUAGUCAGUUAGUGAAUGUAGCUAGCGACCACCUUCUGUAAACAGAGCUUUUCCGGUGAAAAUUCUUGUAAAUAAAUACUUAAAUCCAUGAAUUCUUUAUAGAUAUGGACGUAAAACAGUCUUGAUUCUUGGUUAAAAGAAAAAAAACGUGUAGUUAGCAUUUAUUUUACAUAAAUAUUGCGAACUAUGAUGCCAAUGCAGCAGCGGCUAAUUUCUCCCAUGGAUUUUUUUUCUCUUUUCAAAAAGCAUGCAUGGUACGAAAAAUAUAAUUAUUACCUUGAGUCCUCGAACAAAUCACUCCUGAAACAAUCCUUCCUGUUUGUAUCCGUCACAGUUUUUGUACUUUUUCAACAGAAAUCCGGCGUUAGAUUGCUGCGUGCGUGUUUGUGAAUAACUCUUGAUGUCGGCGGCCCCCUACUUGAAUGCGAGGCACAGUGUAUGACCGAUCUGACCCGUCAAUACCAUUAUGAAGUCUAUGCAAAAACCUACAAAUCGUUAAUCAAUUCAUAAAUGUUUGUAUAAAGGCCAAAUAAAACCGGAAUAAUCAGCAUGCAAUUUUACUAACAACAAUAAUGUACGCUCAGCAAACGUUAAAUGCAGCCUGUCCUUGCUUCGAAUAGCAUGAAAUCCUUCUAUGACAUAGUUUACUUGACGUUGACGUUUUUAUCGUCAAAUCUUUUUUGUUGCUUCCAUUUCUUUACCUCCAUUUGAUUCGGAAGAAAAAUCAAAUCGUGAAAGCUUGACUUACGUCGUUCGACCGACAUGAACGUCGUUCGACCGACAUGAGAUUGUUUACACUGUCGCAAACGUGGCCUGAGAAUUUUUUAUUUACAAAAAGAACAAAAGUCCGCUUUGUGAUUUGCUCCCAUUUUUACCUCGUUGGCCACCGUGGACGGCGAGAGACGUCCAAAUGAAUCGGAUGUCCAUCGCCGUCCGUGGCGGCAGAGGAGUUCCUGUUCAUUUGGGCAAUUCAGUCGCCACGGCAAUACUGUUUGCACUCCUUUUCUAUUUUUCUAUUCGGCUGCUUUACUAUAAUGGGAUGCCUGUCCGCGCAUGCGCACCUUUCUAAGAUUUCAAAAUAAAGCUCACUUUGACAUGUGACCGCCGAUUCAAUCUCAUUGAUUCUGAUCGAUGACUGCGAGAGCGUCGCCACGGCAACCGUCACGGCGGGACCGAGAGGCAGACGGACGCAGAGGCGACAUCCACUGGGCUUCGCGCCAAUUUCAUUGCACUCCAAUCAAUUAUUCAAGACCUCAGCAGGCUGGAAGAAACACCAAUGGAAAUGGAAGAGACGAGUCUGCAGGAUGAAAUGGAACAAAAUGGAGGAGGAAGAACGGCCUCGAGUUGCACCAAAAACGAAGAGUGCGGCAUUAUGAGCAUUCAUUAUCAAGUCCGGUCUGGCUAAUCGGGAGGACCGGGACAAAACCCGGUGGGGUGACCUUACGUUUUGUCCGGAAGAGCCCGUCUUGAUAUACAUUUUGGAUAAAGCUGUCCAUUAAAUGUGUUAAUAAUUAGGGUUGUUCCGAUCAUGUUUUUUUGCUCCCCAUCCGAUCCCGAUCGUUUUAGUUUGAGUAUCUCCCCGAUCCUGAUAUUUCCCGAUCCGAUUGCUUUUUUUUUUUUGCUCCCGAUUCAAUUCCAAUCAUUCCCGAUCAUUUUUCCCGAUCAAAAAAAUGAAUAAAACUCGGACUAAUAUAUAUAUUCAACAUACAGUACAGGAGUACUGUAUUUGUUUAUUAUGACAAUAAAUCCUCAAGAUGGCAUUUACAUGAUUACUGUGAGAGGGAUCCACGGAUAGAAAGACUUGUAAUUCUUAAAGGACAAAUGUGACUUUGUAUAUUGUGAAUAAAUAUUGCCAUCUAGUGUAUUUGUUGAGCUUUCAGUAAAUGAUACUGCAGCCAUUCAACCCAAAUCCAUAAUGGGAAGUGCAAACAUGACUGUGCGUAGGGGCACCAAUUGAUAUAUCUUCUCUGCGUUGGGAAAGAACAUAGGGUGUUAAGAACAGUGUUGGGAGUAACGCCGUUAUAAAUAACGCCGUUAUUUUUAGAGUAACGGGGUAAUCUAACUAAUUACUUUUUCCGCCGUUACAACGGCGUUACCGUUACUGAGGGUCAAAAGCGGUGCGUUACUUACUCUGAAUAAAUUGAAGAAACUACCAACCGUGUUGACUCGACUCUCUGCUCUGUUGAUUUGUCAUCCAAGACUUGUAGUGCGUUCAGGUUCGAGAACAGCGCACGUACUUCUGACUCCAAGCUGUAUGUCCCUGCUCAUUCAAUUAGACAAUGCUUUCCAAAGUUUGGUACCUUUUCUCUGUUUGCUACACCUGAUGCUAGCCUCGUUCCCAUCUCCCACUGUCAGCCAGCAAUAAUUCCGCUUCCAUCUUGAUGAAGGCAAACGCUUUGAAGGUGACGUGAAUUGUCGGGAAACGAGCCUACCUGAAUACAUCCCCUCGAGAGAUGCGAUGGAAAUGAUUGUGAUUGGCUGAGGGUUAGAGUCAUGUGUCGUGGCAAGCCAAUCAGAGCCGGUGAUUUCACAAGCAAACCGGAACAGCGCGUGCGGCAAACACACACAUGCAAAACAUGCACAGGGUCGGGAUGGCAGAGCAUUCAGAAGAAAAAUUGUCCCUUAAGAGGUGGAGAUAUAGACACUAUUUCAAGUUUGUUGAAAUUAAAGGAAAGAACCUGCAUGUAAUGUGUAAUUUAUGUCCCGGGGCAAAGCUUUUGUCGACAUCUGUGGUAAGCAAUUCAAAUCUGCUGAAGCACCUAACAAGUUAACUACCUGUCUGUUCUUCUCUAUUCCACUGACUCGAAUACUGCUCAGAAAAUUUCAAAUUCUUUGACAUACAACAAGUUCUUUUUAAAGUAACGGAAAUAGUUACUUUCCCUGGUAACUAGUUACUUUUACUAUAGAGUAAUUCAGUUACUAACUGUUACUUUUUGGAAGAAGUAGUGAGUAAUAUAACUAAUUACUUUUUUAAAGUAACGUGCCCAACACUGGUUAAGAAAAUGAUCAACUACUACCUUUCUUCCCCACAUUGCCUCCCACGUUAAUUUUAAUUGCUGAGAGAGGGAAUGUAAGGCUUUAGCCAAAUACAAAAAGGCUCCAAAGGCUGUCAAAAUUAUCUCUACUCAUUAUACGCUGCGUUUAGCUCUAUAUAUUGGUAAAACGCCGCCUUUAUAGAUUGAACGCGACAAUGCGUGAGUGGGUUGCGCAGCGCAUGCGUUAAUUAUUUAACGUGAUUAAUUAAGAAAAAAUCAUUACCGCCGUUAACGCAAUAAAUUUGAUAGCCUACUUUAAGCCAAAACUACUCUGGAUGAGUGUAAGACAUUUUGUCUGUAACGUUAUAUACAAUUAGAAAACGAUUUAAAUAAAAAAAUAUAUAUAUAUAAAAAAAAGGCAUGUCCGAUUUUUUUGCCGAUUCCGAUACUUUGAAAAUGACGUGAUUGGGAUGCCGAUCGAUCGGGACAUCUUUAUUAAUAACAGCGCUAACCAGGGAUGAAAGCGACUAGAAUUUCUUGCUGGAACUCCCUUACAUAAAGGUUGGCACGGAGCCUCCAUCCCAGGGGUCGCGUUAACCGAAUAUUUUCCGUCGUUGACGGAUUUUUUAAAACGGUGACGGAAAAAACUGAAGUCCACCUGUCAUUUUGACAGGUUGCAAUUCACACCCCAGACCACAGGGUGGCGAGUGAGCAUAUUAAUUAGCUAUUGUCUCUCUUGAUGCAUGACAUUGUUGGCCUUACUCUGAAAAAUGUCAAGGCAACUGAGUGUCCGAAGUUUCUUCAAAAAGCCCCAAAACGACGAUGGUGUUGAUAAAACAGGGACUGCACAAGCGGGCACGCAAUUUUCAAGUCCAUGCGCACCAGGAGGAAGGUGUAAGACUCCGUUCAGGCCACAGCAGGUGAACUGUUAAUUUCAUUGUUCCAUAA